AUGAUAACACGCUCACUUUUUCUCUCUCUUUCCCUCUUUUUUUCCGCUUCAUCUGCUGCGGAUCCCGAUUUCACGUGCCCCACCUCACCGAUAACUGUCGACGGACAAUUGCCGAACGGAAGGAGCACUCCGGCCGUCUUUCCCUCGAAUUACUUUUGCGAACUUUCGGUACGUUCCUUCACAUUACUUAUAAUAUCGAAAAGGAAAAGGCUGAAACCAGAACCGGUCUGUGACAAGUCUGAUAUUAUCGGUUUCACCGUGGUCCCAUUUUUUCUCUCGAAACUCACAAACCAUUUUUCCAGUUCUCGCUUCCCGACGGAUAUUUUUUGACAUUCGAAGCGAGCGCGUUCAACGUCAACAAUCAGGACUUUCUGGUGAUUACGGACUCUUUGAACGUGACCUAUCGGUUGGUUCCACCCUCAAAUGUAUUCACUAACUAUCGUCCAUUUCAGUGUAAAUGGAACUGAAACGAUCAAUUCGCUGGCGAUCAAUGGAAAAACGCCAAAGCUAUUGUUGAGCACAGCACCUGGACAGGCAUCUUUUAACGUGAAAUGGACCUAUGGAAAUGGUGUAGUCAUAGGAUUACCGGGUGUUAAAAACCGCAAACCUUUCAGUUAUGUCCCUCCCGACGGAUCAACGGAAGACUGGAAAUGUGAUGGAGUUGGGGUACUUUGAUUCGCUGACACCCACGCAAAUAACGUCCACCGACGGAGGUCCGGUCGCACUGAAUAUCGAUUUUAUGGGAUGCACCGCAUUUUACAACUCUGUUUUGGUUUUCGACGGACCGUCCCUCAAUUCGAGCCUUUUGGGAUCGCUGAACACAGAUGUUCUCAAAUCGUCCGGCUCUUCUGUGACGAUUGUGAAGUACAACGACAUUUCAUGUCAUUACAAUGCGAACGGCGAUCCGAGAACGUAUCUGUUGAGUAAUGAUUGGUCCGGUCAGUUUAUAUUAUGAAUAUAGAAUAUACAUCCGUAAGACUCACUUUUUCAGUUGUGUCGAAAUUCAGUUCGUACGGUUUUGGCAACUAUGCGUGGUUCUACCCGAUCUCUGCCAACGCGGCAUUCACUUUCUACAAUAGUUAUUCAAACACGUUACUGUUGACAAAUCUGACGACUACUUCGAGUUCGGCAAUCGUUCGAAUUCAGCCCGGAUCGCCGACGAGCAACUACAGUACCGUACUUAACUACAGGUUGGGCACUUUAUUUCACAGGAAUCUCUCGAGCUCCAGUGAGGUCUUCUCAACUACACUUUCUUUUUGUGAAUCGUGUUUCACAAAGUCAACUUAACCACACAUCAGUCACCAUAAAUACUGUUGUAGAAGUAGCGUUUAUCCAAACCAUUAUAUCUCAGCUGCCGGUAGAGAUAUCAAAAAGUGGUCAACUAAUAAAAUGCUCACAAGGAAUUGGUCUACAUUUUAUUAGUUGACAACAUUUCCAUAUCUCUACAGGCCGCUGAGCUAUAGUGUUUUGAAUGAACGCUAUUGGGGUGCCCUUCGACCGCGCGACAAGCGGGUCCAUUAGUCGAUAGAUCCUUGGAUCUGAGGCAGCUGUCGAAUCUUUAAGACACCUAAAAAUAAAUUGCAGUGGAAACAACUUUGCCAAUAUGCUACCCCAGGAACUCGCCACCAACUUUUUCACAAUCACAGUCACCCAAGGAUCCACGGCCGUCAGCGUGGGCUAUCCGUCGAACGACGGGUCCAUAGCGGUCUCGACGGACCGGAAAGCGAAACUGACUUCGAGAUCUGCGUGGCAACCGUCCACCGAGUGGGCCUAUGACCGCGCUUUGAAAGCUUAUGGUGAGUUUUGAACGAUGUCCGACACUAAACAGACGGUGUAUUUCACGUCUCGUCGCCAUUGUGAAUUGUGUUUAGAAACUAGACGAUAACUGAAGAAUGACUAGUUUUGCGAUAAAAUCAUCAACUACAAAGUUGUUAAGCACAAAAAUUACAAAAACUUUUUAGUUGACCACGUUUUGAAAUUAUCAUCAGAUCUCGAGAUAUAAGUGUCCAAAGAUAAGAAGAGUUUAGAGUAGGGCUACAAAACGUACUUUGAGGCCCCAAGUAUGAUUUUUGUCAAAUAUAAUGUACCAGACCUUCUUUAACUUAAAAUCAGCAGUUUCGUAUUUUUGUUUGCAGAUGGCAAUUAUCAGCAAACAUACCUCACAUUUGCGUUCUCGGUGGAUUCUCUCGUUUUGGGAUCGGAUCAAGACUCGUUGAACGUGGAAGUCGGCAACAAUUUCGGACAGUCCUCACCGGUUACGGUCACUUUCAAGAACAAUGUGACCGGUUCGAAAGUGCAAUCGCUUCAAGGCAGUUACAUGAGAGUCUAUACAUUGGGAAGCGAUUCGCGCAGCAUUUCCUCGUUUAUUCUUAGCUAUGAAACUGAGGUAAACUCGAGGAGCGUAUGAGUUCUUAUGUGAAAAAUCUGAAUUCAGAAUGAUCAAACCACAACUAAAACAAUGAAAGGUCAAACGGUGACGCCAAAGGAUGGAUCAACGAGUUGCAUUUUCAAUUUUUCGAGUGUACUUGUUGUGAUAUCACAUUUUGUAUUGAUAUUCGUGUAAUUUCAUCUAAAAAGUGUACAUAAACAUUUCACAGUAUCCUGGCAACUGGUAGAACAACCAAUCCGAGAAUCUGGCCAUGAACACGUUUCUAAAAAAGUGUUCAUUUGAAUCUGUUUUCUUUAUAGACUCAUUUGUUCCCUUCCAGCACAGAUCGGAGUUCUCUUCGUUCUCGUUCUCUUCAGAUCCAUUCGUGAUUUGUCUUCUUCUGACCGCUCUCGCUACGAACUCGCUCAACCACACCGACCCGAAUAAUCCGAACCCAUUCAACCGAACCGUCUCCGAUGUUCCCCGUCCGAUCAGAGCUACGAAUGGUUAGUGGACCGAGUGGAUCACUCAUCCAACAGAUCCGUUUGCAGCCGAUCCGUUGAAGACGACCAUCGACAAGAUGAAGACGAUCGCCAGGAUCGCGACGGGCAUCUUCCUGCAGCGGGCACUCGCCCAGAAAACCAUUAUGACCGACGCGCUCAUUUCCGAACUGCUCCGUCUGGGAAGUGUCACUCCGGCAGAUAUCAUCGGAAUCAACGCGACCGAACUGACGGAAGCACUGACUGCGCUGAAAGACCUGCCAGGUACGCUGACGGCCAACUCGAGGGCGAUGCGGUUCGCGGGUGUCUACGAGUUAUUUCUUUUUUCUGGAAUUUUCUCUCCAUUCCAGGCAAUCUCCAUCGGAAGCAUCUGAAAGCAGUCACACCUUUUCUUGUGAGUGAAACUCACGUGUUGUUCCGUAUCGAUUUCCCAAACCGUUCGCGGCGCGGCUUUUGCGACGUUCACCAAACGUUUGAUCCUCAGUCUGUGCAUUUUGACACGCCGGUGUUGCUCUGCGUACAGUGCAUUUUAUGUUACGCGCAAAGUUCAUUUUUUUUAGUUGUUGAUGAAUUUUCUCCAAAUAUUCAUCACUUUUAAGCGUUUUUCUCCACUUUCUACCUCAAUUAGACCUUUUUACGGAUUCCAGGUGAAGUAAUACGCGAAGAGAAGUCGAUGCGAUGAAAAGAAACGCGUAAGUAAAUGGAAGUAAUGUUUUAUUCAGAAAAUAUACGAUUUCUCGAAAAAAGUCUCUAGAUCUUCUAAUCUUUUGAUUUAAAAAGUUCACUCACAUGACUGUGAAUGUCUUCGAAUCAAAAAGAAGUAGAGUGACGGCUCGCUUUCGCGGAAAAACCGAUAGUUUGCCGGAAGACAGUGAAAUUUCGUUGAAAAAAUUUUUUUUUUGCUUCUAUGAACUGUCACUCUACUUUUUUUUGGUUCGAAAACAUUCACAGUCAUGUAAGUGAACUAUUUAAACAAAAAAAUUAGAAAAUCUAGAGACGGUUUUUGAGAAAAACAUUUUUUUCAACGAAAUGUCACUGUUUUCCGGCAAAGGACCAAUUAAAAUGCACUUUACGCAGAGCCACACCGAAGCGCAAAAAUGCAUACCAUUUGGCUGUGUAUGUUGCGAAAGCCGCGCCGUGCGUUUGUUCAAAAAGAUUGUCUUUCAGGCUGUCAUUCUGCUCCCACACGAUUGCCACGCGGAGCAAAAGUUCGACACUUCAGCUGUUUUCUUCAAAUUUAUCCAAUUCUUUCCCACAAAACGCACUCCUUGUUUAAAAAUAAUUCAUUUUUAUGCAAAAACCAAUUAUUGUUAGAGUUUCCGGUGCGAUCCUCCCAAUUCCCCAAUUCUCUCCCAUCAUUACUUACUUGUCUGAAAUAAAUGCGACACAUUAAUGAUUUUUUACUAUUUUUGUUCAUUUCAUUUUCAUUCGGCUCAUACUUCGAAAUAUCAAAUUGAUUGGCUGCCGCAGACUUGCGGAAAAUAGUCUUCUUCGAAAGGACUGUGCAAGUGCGCUCCAUUGCAAAGAGCCGGAAUGUCGGUGCGUUUCCGCUGCUGUGGCGAUUUUUUCGUAUUCUCCAGAAACGGAAUUUGAACUCCCUCCAAUUUGGCGGCACAAAGUGCAGGAGAGCGCGCUUGCAUUGUUGUUUACUUGUUUUUGUUUACUCGUUUUCUUCAACAUUUUCCUCCGUUUUUCUUCAGGAGAGAAGCCUUCUCCGCUCAAAUCGUCCAGAUGUCGCGUGUUCGAGCGAUGAUGUGUCCUCGUUCGUGUACCGAACAUGGAUUAUGUGUCGCUUCUGACGGGGGAGUACAGGUGCGUCUGCAAUCCUCCAUGAAGUGGCCUGGAUUGCAGUUCCUCGGAGGAAUCCACCACCAUUGCUCUUCGGGAUGGAGUUCCUUGCUCUGGCUCUUCCGUGGAUGGUGAUUGUAUUCGUUUUUGGCCGAAAAUAUAGCAAAACGGCAGAAAGGCGAUUUUUUCGAUUUAUCUAUUAAUUUCCCGCAUUCAGGACGAGGAAAAACAUGGGCGGUGCACGAUGGAGCCCUGUAUUGCGAAGAAAUGACGUUGCAGAUGAUGGAGGAAAACGACGGCGACGAACGGAAUCUCGACAAUUAUGUUCUUUUCGCCGAUUUGAGGGUACGCAGUCGAAAACUGGGUGAGCUCCCGAGACUGAAUUCCCGGGAAUUGCCGGAAAAAGUGAUGAAAGAACUUCCCGAGAAGCGCUUUCCCGACAAGUCUUCAGUCCUCCCGCUACCAAGUGUCUCGGUACCGAGAAGUCUUCAGUGUCCUCGUUAUGGGGCUAUUUAGCGAAUGUUUUGUUUUCCGUUUUUUUCGUUUUUUUACACCGCUGAAUUGGGUUUUUUGACGUAAAAAAACGGAAAACAAUCAUUUUUUUCACAGCCUGAAUAACCCCAUUACCGAGAAAUUACGAGAAGUCUGUGUUGAAUAUUCAAUAUUGAAGGGCUUUUCAGCCUGAAAUCAGGCUGAAACCGGUUUUUUUGUGGAAAUAAAUGUUUUUAUUUAAUUAAAAAAAUUAAAAAAAUUAAACAACAAAAUAAAAAAAGCAGAACAAUUGAACAACAAAUUAAAAAUUUAAAAAUAAAAUUAAUUAAAAAAAUACAUUUCAAGUGGUUUUUUUAAUUUUUUUAAUUUAAAAAAAGAUUUUGUUCCACAAAAAAAGCGGUUUCAGCCCUUCAACACAGACUUCUCGUAAUUUCUUGGUGGCGAUACCGAGACUUCUCCUCAGGUAAAAUUUCAAAUUUUUCUUGGCUAUUUUCAAACUUUUCCAGGCGCCACCUAAGAAAUUCUUGGAAAAGUUUGAGAAUUGCUUAGAAACAUUUUUAGUGCUUCAGAAAGUUUGAAAAGGUCUUGGAAAAGUUUUUUGUCUUGAGAAAGUUUGAGAAUGUCUUCAGAAGAGCCAAGAAAAGUUUAAAAUUUUACCUGAGAAAUUUUAGCGAUCGGUAGUCUAAAGACUUCUCGGUACCGACUACUACCGAGACUCUUGGUAGCGAGAAGACUGAAGACUUGUCGUUCCCGGGAAGUCUUGGUACCGGGAAGUUCUCCCAUUACUUUUCCCGGCAAUUCCCGGAACUUCAGUCUCGGGAGCUCACCCUCGACUCGAAAAUUGAGAAAUGACAUAUUUUUGAAAAUUGACUCGGAAAUCAUUGUUUAAAUCCAUUUUUGCAGGAAUUCCGUACGCCUUGUCCGUUCCAAGUCACCGGACUGGCCUAUUCUCACGACCCGAUCUAUGUGAAGGUUUGCAAUGCAGUCGUUUCAGAGUAGUUCUGCACUGGAAAAUGGAAAUGAGAACAAGAGUGACAAUUUUCAAGCCUAAAGCUAGCUGAAAUUUAAGACUACCCUUUGUCUGAAUACAAGGACCCCUUCAAGGAAACCGACAGUAUGUGGUAUUUGCAGCGGCGAGUACCGCCUGCUCGUCAUGGUCUGGUCCCUCGUCUCGUUCACCGGACAACUGAAAUUAGCGUGGCACCUACGAAGGAACGUCUGCGGGUUCGACGAUCCCAUCAAUAUCGAAGUGAUGAAAUAGUGAGCCCCGAAAACUCUUUUCAAAUAUCUCAUCCGUUUCAGUCUGACCCAAGUGCUCCAAUUCGUGCGGGAUCACUACGAAUCGGGCCGGGAAUCGGGCCUCCUCGCGGGCUUCGACCGUCCGAUGCUCGAGUUCCUCGACGAGCAGGACCAGCGGGUGCCCGACACUCAGCAGCUGUUCCUCACGAUGAAUCCGUCGGCGAUCCUGGACAUUCGCAUCGGACAGGGCGUGCUCGACGAGAGCUUUCGGGACAAUCUGGACGUCAAAAUGGUGUUCCGACUGCAGCACCGGGACCCGAAAGUGCUCGACUCGCUCUACGAAAUGCGCACCUCGCGGCUGAUCAUCGCGGUCCAGAAUUCGUGUUUUUUGCAAUUCAUCGACGAGAACGGAGUGCUGGAUCUGAACAAGGCGUACCCGGAUGAUCCGAUGCUGCACCGGCUCAUCGUGCAAACUCAUUUUGUGGGCCACGGACUCACCGACCUCGAGGGAUGCAAAAGGCACGCGCGCCCCCCUGUUUUCGAUCGAUUGGGGUGGACGCUCGUCAAGGUGCAGAGAUUCAUGUGAGGAACAAAGUCUUUCCAAAGCUGUUUGAUCGGCUUACAAUAAUCCGAUCCGAUCAUCGGAGCCAAACUUUGCAGACUUCUUGGGCUUGGGUUAAAGUGUUUUGGGUAGAAGUUUCUUGUUGCCGAAAAGACCCGAUUUUUGCAAAAACUUCGGUCGUUUCAGUCUGAACCCAGUAUAUCUCGGGACAAGAUAAUCCGAUCGGUCUGAAACACGUUCUUAAAAUACUUCAUUUCGACCCAGUCGUCGUCAAACUAAAUUUUGCAGAAGACGUUGCGAAGUCCGUUACCGUGGCAACCUGUUCGCGACGGAGAACGGCCUGCGGAACUCUCCGAAUCCGCUGGUCGGCAUCUCGGGCGACUGCGACGACGCGCGCGCCGAUUACUCACUCGACGGGACCGUGCUCUACGUGCGUCGCCUCCUCCGCGCCAUUUACUCGACGAUUCCGGCCGACAACCCGAUGGCGGACGACAAUUUGCCGGCGGAUUGGCUGCUGGCCGCCUGGCGCGGACUCUACGAUCGCAAGAUUCUCGAGAUUCUGUCCGCCGAAGCGGUGAGUCGCCGAUUUUCGGAAAUUCAGACGGUUAUCUAAAUAGUUAUUUUUAAAGUUGAAAACAAUCAAUUUUCAGUUUAUAUUCUCGUUAAACUUCAAGCACAUUUGCAGCGAACUCGAAUCGCUCAUUAUUUCUAUACGAAUGGGAUGAUAGAAGCGUUUCUCGAUCUGCUAAAACAGGUUAUUAUCGAUUGUGAGUUUCAACCGAAACCUGUCGGUCCGCUUCGUUUAGUACUGUUUUCCGCGUUUGGCGCAACAAAUCUUCGCCGAGCACCGACGCGGAAUCAUCCUCUGGAAGAAACUUCCGCCGGACGUCAAUCACGUCAAAAUGCGGGGAAUUGGACCCAAACUUUGCAGACUUGUUGGACUUGAAUUCAAGUAUUUUGGGUCCAAGUUUUAGACCGACUGGAUAAUUUACUCUGGAGAUAUUAUGCAUUCGCCCGGAGAGAAACUUUUCACUCCAGCUUGCGGGCUUGAAUAGUUUGUCGCGAAUGCAUAAUAUCUCCAGAGUAAAUAAUCCAAUCGGUCUGAAACUUGGGCCCAAAUUACUUUAACCCAAUUCCAAAAAGCCUGCAAAGUUUGAUUCCGAUCGGAAUAUUACAAAAGGUAAUUUCUUGCAGGAUAACGGACAUGUGGCCAAAGAACGAGUUCGAUCGGGCGACGCGAGUGCCCCGCAAGAUGUACGUCGACAAUCGGCGCGUCGAAAAGAGCGUCUUCCACAUGAUCGGACACAGAAAUUUCAAAAAUUACUACACGUCGGUUCAAGAGCGACUAAGUCCCAUGUUCAAACAGUUUUACGCGGUACGCAUUUGGAUUUCACGGUCUCCAGAGCUGACAAUAUGGGCGUGGCCUCGGCCAAAUAGCGUUUUCAUGAAUUGAGCAGGUUUUCUCUGAUUUUUCUGGUCAAAGGCGAUGAAAAAUGAUUGUUCGACAUGAAAACACACUAAUUCUCAGAAUUAAUGACGUUUUAGCGCAUUUUUCGCGGACUUCGCUUUUUCGCCUUCGUCGCCGAUCGCCGCCUCAAAACCGCACUUCUCAUUUUGCGCUCUCUUGACCGUUUUCAGACAGAAUUGGUUUUGAGAAUGAUAAAUCACGUAAAUACAAGCAUUUUGAGCGCUCGAACCGCGAAAAUUACCGAAAAGCAACUGAAAUUCACGCAGUUUUAGCCAAAAACCUUCAAACGGAUAAAUGUGAUUUGCGACUUGACCAAAAUUAACGCUGUUAGCCUAUACAAUCGGUCUAUCGAGAGAAAAAUGAGAAAUUAUCGGUUUUUCGUGGCUAAUCUGGCAAAAAACACAAAUUUCGCGCGCGCCAAUGUAUCGCUCUAUUGGGCGGGGCGCACUUGCGCCCAUUGUCAGCUCUGGAGACCGUGGAUUUUUAGAAAUAUUUUCGAAUUAAAACAAUUUUUUUAAGCCUCUGUGAUAUUUUCGAUAGAAAUUUUUACCAACCCGUUCGAAUCCCUCAGUGCAUUCAGAAAGACUUCCCCGUGGCGGACCGACCGUAUCGCCCGAACACGCCACGGGACUCGAGGUUUGCCGACCAGGAGCUGGAGGCGUCCUCCUCGGCGCCGGGACCGUCGAAUGCCGGUAGUCGGUAG